AUGUCAUCUGAUUUAGAUAAAAAAUUGUGUUAAAAACAUAAAUUAGAAAUUUUAACAAUAGAUUUAAAGUAAUCAACUGCUGAUGAAGAUAAAUACCUUUGUAUUAAGUGUUUAAUGGAAAAAAUUGAUAUUUAAAAUAUGGCAUUGGUAGAAGAGACAAAAACAAUGAUUAAGUAAAUGAAAAGUGAGUAAUUGACCUUUAAAAUCAAAGAGUAUUAAAGAAGGAUUGAAAUAUUUAAAUAAAUUCAAUCAUAAGUUAAAGAAUUGAAAUUGUCAAUUAAUAAUACAAUUGACAAAGUUUAAUCCAAUUUAGAUUAAAAAAUAACUCUAAUGGAGAAUGAACUAGAUGAAUCAGAAUCAAAAACAUUUGUUUCUACAUUUGAAGAAGAUAUUCGAAUUUUAUCAAAAAAUUACAAAGGAUCAUUCAGUUUUGAAGUUCCUAAAGAAUUUGAGAAGUCUAUAGAUGAUAAUUCUUAUAUAGAUUAAAUAUAGUAAUAGCUAUAAUCUAUAAUUAAUUGUCCUAAAUUAAUUUAAAUCAAAGAAUCUUUAGAAAAGACUAAAGCGGAAAAUGGAAAUUCAGAAGUUAAGUAAAUCUAAUUACUUAAUAAAUAGGAAGAAGAUCCAUAAGUAAUUAUUAUCUAAAUAUUUAAAUAGAAAACACCAAGUUUAAAGAUUUAAUGUAAUAAACAUGGAAAAGAAAUUAUCAUGUUUAAUUUGAAUCCUGAAAAAACAUAGUUUUCUAGAUUGGCUUGUGUUGAAUGUAUAUAAUCAAAUGAUCCUAUUAAAUACACAACCUUAGAAGAUGCUAAUUUUAAAUGGAAUGAAUAUCGAGGAUAAACAAGCGAUUAGGUUAAACGAUUUUAAAAUUCAAGAUAUUUACAAUCAUCAUAAAUCAUUGAAAUCCUCCAAGACAUUAAGGAAAAGUACAAUUCUACGAUUUCAGAAAUUAUCAAUAAGAUAAACACUUAAUAUUCAAUGUUCUCAUAAAAUGAAACUAAUGAGUUUAAUGAUAAUAUGAUUUUUUUAAUGAAUACAGAGUAAAUUAAUGAACUAACUGAAAUAUUAAGUUAGAAUGAUAAAUUUAAAGCUUUGGCUGAAAAACAAUUUAAUAUUUAGAAAGAGGAUUUUAAUUAACUUGUAUUAAUAUCAACUAAUUUUGGAUAAUUGCUUUAAAAUGAUUUAUUAGCAACUCAAAAAAUAAAUAAGAUUUUUAAAGAUUCAAGUCUUAAUAUAUCUAAUGUAAAAGAUUAGACAGAUGAUAUUGUAUAAGAUGAUAAUAAUUCCAUUUAAAAUCUAUAAUAGAUUAAAUAACUUAAUUAACAAUUACAACACUUUAAAUUAUAUUAGAAUAUCUUGGAUGAAGCCUUAAAUUAGUAUGACUUAAUUAUGCAAACAAUAAGUAGUUUAUCCAAUUAAUUCAAAGAUGUAUAAUAGUAACAAGUACAAAUAUAUUUAUAUUACUAAGUUUAAUCAUUAUGUUUCAAAGAUUGAAAAGGAUUUAUCUCUUAUGUAAAAAUUCACUUAAUUUGAUCAAGUUGCAACUGAACAUAAAUUACUUAAGUAAGAGAAAGAAUAAUUAUAAAAUCAACUUAUAGAAAGUGAAAAGUCAAAUUUAGAGAAUCAAUUAGUGAUAAAUGACUUUAAGAAACAUGAUGCUGAAUAAAUAAAAUAAAUAUCUGAUUUAAGGAAUCAAAAUCAAGGUUUAUUAGUUUAAAUAAAAGAACUUGGAUAAUAAAGUAAAUAAUAAAUCCUAUUUAAUUUAUUAUAGAAACUUAAUGUGAACUUAUACUUAAGGAGAAACAAGCAGAAUUGCAAAUUUGCUAACAGUCUAAUCAGAAGAAUGAGCAAAUGAUGAAAUAAUUAUAACAAAAUUUAGUAUAAUUAAAAGAUAUAUUAGAAGCAGGAGUGGUAAUUCUCUUAAUUCCUUACAUUCUCAACAACUUAUAAACAUAGUUCUUGUUCAGUAACUUAAAAUGGAAAAGUUAUUGAGAAUAGCUCUGGUGGUUAUUAUUGCUAUAUGUGUGAUUAAAUGAUUCCUAAGAAUGGUGUGAUCUAAUUUGCUAUUAAAAUAAUUGAAAUCAAUUCUAUUAUGAUAGGAAUUGGUUUUAGGGAUAUUGUGCAGAGUAAGGGUUACUAAAGUUGUUAUUCUAUUGGAGGAGGGUAUGUUUAUUAUAUUAAUAGUCGAUAAAUAGAACAUAUAAUAUAUAUUCUUCUGGUUAUUGUUAUAAUCAUGAUUAAUAAGAUAAAAAUGAUAAAAAAAUAGCAUUUGAAUUUUAAAAAAAUGAUAUUAUAAUUGUUGAAGUAGAUAUUCAAAAGAAGUAUAUUAAAUGGACAAAGUAAUCAACAAAUGAAUCAUUUGUAUCAAUAUCAAAUUAUUAUUAUUAGACUUUGACUAUUGAUACAUCCAAAGAUUUAUAUCCAUGUGUAAAGGUGAUCUUAAAUAGAUAUUUUUCAAUUUUAGAAAUUAUUCAUCUAAGAAAAAAUAAAAAUAAUAAAAUACUCAGAAGAUAACUCAAAAAAUUGUUAAAUUUUAUUUACUUUUCGAUCAGUCUUGAAUAUCAUAAAUCAUUUAAUUCUAAAAUCUGUUAAUUUUCAUUCUUUCUGUGA